AAAGAACAGGAAAUAAAGGUUCACAUAAUACACAAUAUAUUUCCGCACGCACGUUUGCUCAAAGACGGCAUUAAAUGUAAUACGGGAAAUCCAGUUACGAUUUAGACUUUACUAUUAAACGCGACGGGUUGCUGGCCCUCAUUGGUUGGAAGCACGUGAUAUGACAUUGCCUCAUUUUGGCCUCUCGUCAGAACUCAGCCUGGACCACCAUCUCGAUUAUCUGCACACCAAGUACCUUUUGGAAUGUGCGUUGACGAUAUCCCUCCCGAAAUACUACUGCACAUUCUUUCUUACCUCGACCUUCCGGACCUUGCUUCUGUCGCCCAGGUCUCACCUCAAUUUGCUUUGCUUACUUCUGACACGGUUUUGCACACUCACCGUCUCCGCGUCGUCGCUCCGUCGCGGGUGAAGCAUGCUCUAUUCGGGCAGAGUCCUGAGGGUAUCGCGCUGCGGCCCUCCUUUCCGGACCUGAUUCACCGAGGCGUUAUGCGAGGUCUACAUAUCGAAAGACGGUGGAGAAUGGGCUCGUAUGUGUAUACCCUGGGUUCGAUCAUUCAAUAUGAAUCAAGUUUACGUCUUUCUCGCCGUCAUGUUGGACGUGUCGUUUCGAAACAUCUCCUGCGACGAUCUUCCGCACCUGACAAUGCCCCGUUAAAAGGGUUGUAUCAGUCCAACGUAUUACCAGAUGUGGAGUCGUCUUCGCUUACCGUGUCUCGAACCCUUCUCCCCAUUAUGCACAAGCUGAAAUGGUCAUUUCAGAAAGACAAACUUGCCAAGAUGGCAAGGAAGGGCAGCGUCUGUGCCGGAGGCUUCACCGAUUUCUCACAAUGGCUUGAGAACAGAGGAAAGGGUAUUGUACCGGACAGCGAGAGGGUCAGGCUUGCAAUUUGUCCCAACGUCAGAAAGAUUGUUAGUAUUUACGAACACCUUGCGCGUUGACGAUGUGUGUUUUACCAAUAUUACCUAUCAAUUUAUAUAUUUACUUACGUGGAAAGAAGACUUGCGAGAGGGUUCUUAA